GAAGAUCCAGCCGCGGGAGAGCAAAGCAGAGAAACCAUGAUGCAAAAGUCUUGUGUCUCCCUCGCAAGUAUCGUCUGCUAUUAUGGAAGAACUUAGCCCUAAAAUUGGAAAGAAUGGGCCUUGGCGCUCACCCGGUUAAGUUUUACUGAGCGCCUGGGGCGGUUGGACACCGAGCGAGAAGCUAAGGAUAUAAAGGUGAGCAGCAGAGUCGCGAUAUCCGCUCUAGUAGCUUCCAUCCCAAAAGAGGCAGUCAAUUUCGAUAAAGCUCGCCAAGAAGGGGCAACAAGGGGCAUCGGAAGCCUGCCAUGGGAAGAGCCUACCUGCUCCUUAAACAUUAAAAGGCUAAAUCUCAACUAGUCGGAAGUGACGUGCCAGCUGAGACCGCAGGUCCGCCACGCAAUUGGCCACCGCCUUAAAUAACCAUCCUUUCCCCAGACUAACCCGAAGAGAGGAAAAGUGUGGCCGAAAGCCCACAAUCUGGGCCUCGACGACUUCCAGCCUCACCAGGAUCAGCAUCGCUUGGCCAGAGUCCAGGCCCGCAACCUGGACAGAACAGCUCCGCCAACCUGGGCGGUACAGCGCCCUGCGAGCAAUGGGCUUCAGCUUUCCAUCACGCGCAUGCGCCGUCCUCUAUCUCCGGAGGAGUCCUCAGGUCAUCUGGACGCCGGCAUUUCAGCUACCUGCAGCUCCGGGUACCUUCUCACCCUUGACGACUCCUGCUGGUCCUCAACUCCGGCCCUGCUCCUUCCUCUUCCGCAGGCACUGCUAGGCCCUGGCGCGUUAGCCCGCCGAUACCCCGGCUUCCACUGACACGAGUCUCCGCGCAGCGCCGCUUCCGCUUCCGGCGAGUAUUGUGUGUCGCGCCGCGGGGCGGGGGCGAGGGGAGGAGGAAGGAGGGAGGCAGCUCUCCGGCGGCUCCGCGCCCCGUACUCCCGGACCCGAAGCCGGGAAGGUAGGUGCUGUCCCGUUGCCGCGCUUAGGCCGGGUGCCUGCCCACACCGGCCGGCUCCGCACGCCGCGUCCCAGCGCCCGGCAACUGCGUCACCGGCCCCCCGCACGUAACCACAGCUGCCUCCGCCCGCCUAGGGCCCGGGCGGACGUUUUGCCGCCCCGGCGACGUCAGCGCGUCCGGCGUUGCUUGGCUACCCCGCUGUUCCCCCGUCCCGUUGCCGCUAGUCUCCCCGGGUGAAACUGACGCCGUCACCGCGGGUCUCGGCUGCGUCAGAGCGGCUGGCAUCCCACCUUCACGUCACACCUCUUUCUCACCUGGACACGCAUCCUUCCCUCCCCGACAACCACGACGUUUCCUCUUUCACCUCUCCAAUUUCCCCGCCCCAGAUAUGGCCGGAGACCACGGAGAUGGGGGUGGGACAGAGUUGUGGACCACCCUCAUGAGAGGGUCACAAGGUGGAACCUGAACAGUAAUAGAAACAAAAUGAGGACGUCCCUGAAGUUUGUCCUUCUCCUAAGACAUGAGGAAUAGGAAAGACCAACCCAGAGGCACGCAGGGCCUACCACUCGCUGUCCUCUCCACUCUAUUCCCCCAGUUCCAAGUCGUCUAUUCUUCCCUAAUGCAUUCCUUAUUUCUCUUUCCCACCACUUUGCCAGUCUGGAUCCAUCUUGGUCUCUAAAUGUGCAUACAAUCAACUCAUCCAGGUCAGGAGGCCACCUAAUGUCAAGAAGACUGGGGAAGGAGCAGACUAGUCAAAGUUGGAUUCUAAUGAGUGGAGAAAAAUCAUCCAGCCGAACUUCUCUCUUGAUAUUGAGGGAAGAAAUUAUGGCCCAAAUAAUUUACCAGCUCCAACUCCAAAUUAAACACUUCCCACAUCAUUAUACAGAAACAAUAAUUGUUAAUCCAACUCAUUACGUAGUCACUUCUCUGUGCAUAAACCUACCAAAUUUCCUUCCUUUGGUGGGUCUCUUGGGUGUGGUGUGGAGGGCAGAGGGGUUACAGGACUAGAGAAAUCAGCUUACUCCAUGUAUAAAAGUGUUGAUGUUUUAGAGAUGGAGUGGGGGACUAGUUUUCUGUUUUAUAAAUCAUCCUGAUGCAUUUCCAACUGAGACUUCACCUGAAGGAGAUUUGAUUGUCUCCUUACUUUUCUUCUUUUAAUUCCAACGCUCCAAAGGCUAUUAGUUGCAGAUACAGUAUGUCUAAGGAAUUAGUUAUCAGUAGCUAUUUUGAAGUCACCACUGAAUAUUUUGAAUAGACUCCAAAGUUCUUUCUUCAAAGAAGUUAUUGCCCUAGGCUCAGUGGUGUGUUCUUUAAUAGAGUUGCUAUACAUUUAUCACUUUUCAGCAGUUCCAGAUAUUCAAAUACACACAAGUAGAAAUGAAAGAUUUUAUUCCAAGAAGAGGACACACUUCUUCCUCUAGGCUAGUCCUGGUAAAAGGAAGAAUAAUUUCAAACAUUCCUUAAAAGAGGAGAUUGUAACCUUUGCCUAACUCAUUCAGUUUAUUACCCUUUGAAACAGGAAUGACAGAGAAUCAAGCUAAAGCUCCAGUGAACUCUUAACUCUUAUGUGACACUAAACUUUAGAAUAUACCUAAUUUAAGAAAUCUUAAUAUCUCGACUUAUGUGGCACUUUUUCAUUCCUAUGCUCCUCUUCUGUUUGUUAGGAUAAGAUCUCAAACUAAGAUGCAAUGAUCUGGAACUACUGUUUCUAAGAUACAAGUAGGGUGAAACUGGACCAGAAGUAUGCUGGGCUAAAGUUCAAGGAAACUCAUGUUUCUAACAAGAGGAAACAGAAAUAAAAGAGAAGAGAGAUGGGAGUUGUGUGUCAGUUUGCUGAAGAGGGGGGAAAAAUAAAACUUAGGUCAAAGACUGAGAGUCAUCAAAUUGAGAAAUGGAGAAAAAGAGAUUGUAUAUAGUGGAAGAGAAGAUGGAAAAUACCAAGUUGGGGUUAAAUCUAGAGUUAAGGUUUAACCUGGGGAUAAAUAUCAAUCCAGAGAUGCAAAAAAAAAAAAAUUCAUCCUCCGACUAAUAUUUUUCCUUUCUCUGUCUCCGUACCCAUCCCCAAGUUAAAUAAUGGCAGAGACAAGCCUGUUAGAGGCCGGGGCCUCUGCAGCCUCCACAGCUGCAGCUCUGGAGAACUUACAAGUUGAGGCAAGCUGCUCUGUGUGCCUGGAGUAUCUGAAGGAGCCUGUCAUCAUUGAAUGUGGGCAUAACUUCUGCAAAGCUUGCAUCACCCGCUGGUGGGAGGACCUAGAGAGGGACUUCCCUUGUCCUGUCUGUCGGAAGACAUCCCGUUACCGCAGUCUUCGGCCUAAUCGCCAACUAGGCAGUAUGGUGGAAAUUGCCAAGCAGCUCCAAGCUGUCAAGCGGAAGAUCCGGGAUGAGAGCCUCUGCCCCCAGCACCACGAGGCCCUCAGCCUCUUCUGCUAUGAGGACCAGGAGGCCGUAUGUUUGAUAUGUGCAAUUUCCCAUACCCACCGGGCCCACACUGUCGUGCCAUUGGACGAUGCUACACAGGAAUAUAAGGAAAAACUGCAGAAGUGCCUAGAGCCCCUGGAGCAGAAGCUACAGGAGAUCACUCGAUGCAAGUCCUCUGAGGAGAAGAAGCCUGGAGAACUCAAGAGACUAGUGGAGAGUCGUCGACAGCAGAUCUUAAAGGAGUUUGAAGAGCUUCAUAGGCGGCUGGAUGAAGAACAGCAGGUAUUGCUUUCAAGACUAGAGGAGGAGGAACAGGACAUUCUACAAAGACUUCGAGAAAAUGCUGCUCACCUUGGGGACAUGCGCCGGGACCUGGCCCAUUUGGCUGCCGAGGUGGAGGGCAAGUGCUUACAGUCAGGCUUCGAGAUGCUUAAGGAUGUCAAAAGUACCCUGGAAAAAUGUGAGAAGGUGAAGACCAUGGAGGUGACUUCAGUAUCCAUAGAGCUGGAAAAGAACUUCAGCAAUUUCCCCCGACAAUACUUUGCCCUAAGGAAAAUCCUUAAACAGCUAAUUGCGGAUGUGACCCUGGACCCUGAGACUGCUCAUCCUAACCUAGUCCUGUCAGAAGAUCGUAAAAGCGUCAAGUUUGUGGAGACAAGACUCCGAGAUCUCCCUGACACGCCACAGCGUUUCACCUUCUACCCUUGCGUCCUGGCUACUGAAGGUUUCACCUCAGGUCGACACUACUGGGAGGUAGAGGUGGGGGACAAGACCCACUGGGCAGUGGGUGUGUGCCGGGACUCUGUGAGCCGAAAGGGCGAGUGCGGCUGUGGAAUGGGGACAAGUAUGCAGCUACCACUACACCUUUUACCCCUUUGCACAUCAAGGUAA